AUGGCCGGCGGCGUCUGUGUGGCUUUUGCGCCCGCAUUGUGUGUGUGGACGGAGGGGGAGGGAGGGAGCUUGAGCUGGGCUGGGCUGGGCUUGGCCAUGGCCCGACGAACCAUCUACCUCGACGCCCUCAACGACAACACCUCCAGAGGCGCUGCCGGCGAGUCCAGCGGCAUCCUCACAUUCUUCAAGGGCGUCGUGCGAGAGGCUCAGACCUGGGUCUCCCGCAGCGGACCAAGCGUCAAGGCGCCAACGAUUGAGAAGCAGACAUUCUAA